AGACAUUGCUGCCCUGUCGCUACUAAUAUAAGGAGAGGUACUCUAGAGAUGCAUAUAAAUACAUUCAAAUGAAUAAUUUCCAUGCGAGUAACUUCAUCAUCAGAAUUUAAAAUUCCUAAAUAUUAAAUUAUGGAGCUGCACGUGCUUUAUAAACUCGAGCAGAAGUAAACAGAUUUCCUCCCGGAUUGCGCUUUCAGCUCUUUGGGAAGGCAUGGCUUGGUUGACAAACUGCCUGUGCCUGGCUCUCUGGUGAGUUAUAGAGACCAACAUUUUUAGACUUGAAUCAAUUUUCCAGCAUGUUAAACACAUCGAUUAGAAGUCACACUCACAUCGAUGAGCAUCGCCAAAUAAAAUGUACAAAUGUGCUUUCCUAAAUAUUUAAUGUAAUUACAGCAUAGGCAAUUGCUCGUCAGGCGUGACAGAUGGAAACAUAUACUCUGAGAACAUCACCCUGAUCCUGGACAGGCUUCUCCAAGGUUAUGACAACAGACUUCGACCAGGAUUUGGAGGAAUACACAAUGGAUGUUUUUUUUCGACAAACCUGGAUUGAUGACCGGUUAAAGUUUGAAGGCCCAAUUGAAAUUCUCAGACUAAACAAUUUGAUGGUUAGUAAAAUCUGGACACCAGACACCUUCUUCAGAAAUGGCAAAAAAUCAAUUGCUCACAAUAUGACAACUCCAAACAGGCUCUUCAGAAUUAUGCAGAAUGGAACUAUUCUUUACACUAUGAGACUUACAAUAAAUGCUGAAUGUCCAAUGAGGCUAGUGAACUUUCCAAUGGAUGGGCAUGCUUGUCCCCUAAAGUUUGGAAGCUAUGCUUACCCAAAAAGUGAAAUUGUUUACACUUGGAAGAAAGGACCGCUGUACUCUGUAGAGGUUCCACCAGAGUCUUCUAGUUUGCUCCAGUAUGAUCUUAUAGGGCAAACUGUAUCAAGUGAAACAAUGAUAUCCAAUACAGGUGAUUACAUAAUAAUGACAGUUUAUUUCCACCUGCAAAGGAAGAUGGGCUACUUUAUGAUUCAGACAUACAUUCCCUGCGUUAUGAUGGUUAUUCUGUCUCAGGUGUCCUUCUGGAUCAAUAAGGAAUCUGUUCCAGCUAGGACUGUCUUUGGUGAAUAUUCCAUGCAAGUAGUUUAUUUCUACCUGCAAAGGAAAAUAGGAUAUUAUCUCAUCCAAACGUACAUCCCGUGUACUAUGACUGUUCUCCUCUCCAUUGUUGUGUUUUGGAUCAACAAGGAGUCAGUGCCUGCAAGAACUGUAGCUGGAAUCACAACAGUGCUGACCAUGACGACUCUCAGUAUUAGUGCACGUCACUCGUUCCCAAAGGUAUCCUACGCUACAGCUAUGGACUGGUUCAUAGCCGUCUGCUUUGCCUUUGUUUUCUCAGCACUUAUUGAGUUUGCUGCUGUCAAUUAUUUCACCAAUCUUCAUACUCAGAAGCUAAUGAGGAAAGCAUCCCGCACAGCAAGGCAUGCAGCUGCUCCAGUUUCUGAAGAGGAGGAGGAGAAUGUCUUGCAAUCAGAUUCAAACUGCAAGUUGAAGAAGAGGGUCAACUCAUUAGCCACAAAGGAUGCUGUUUGUGCUGAUCUCAUUAAAACACCUACAUGCAAUCAAGUCCACAUUUCUCCACCACCUGCUGCACAGGGAUCUUGUUCUCUUACCAGUGGUACAAGCAAGAUAGACCAAUAUGCCAGGAUCUUAUUUCCAGUAUCUUUUGGGAUCUUUAAUCUAGUUUAUUGGGUUGUUUAUCUGUCAAAGGAUACUAUGGAGCUGAAUGUGUAAUGGCACUGUGAAAAGAAAAUGACAAAAGAUUCACAAUGACAUUUAUGUAAUGGCUAUAUAUGUUUUCCUGUUUUUUUUUUUGGUAGUGGUUAAGAAUGCCUCUUGCUACUUAAUAUAUAAGUUGAGAAAUCUGAGAAUCUAUUUGAUAUGUUAACAAUAUUUCAAAUAGUGUAUUAUCUUAAACCUAGAAUUCUAAGAUAGUGGCUGGUUUCAAAGCCAAAGCAAAAAUAUCCUGAAAUGGCAAGGUAAAUGAACAGGGUUGUAUAUGUCACUAUGUGUGAUAUGAUAUUUGUAAUCCUAAUUCUGUUAAUGCAGUGUCUAGUCCAAGCAAUGUCAAAGGGGUUGGGAACAGUGCAUAAAAACUAAUGUUAGAUACAUCUGGAAUAAUAAUGCUGUUUUCAAUGUACUAGGGGGUUUAUGUUCCCUAACUAUAAGGUUUUCAUCAUCAGUGUCAAAACAUAGUUGUAACUAUUGCACUGUCAUAAAAUAGAGAACAAAAUGAAUAAAUCUGUCUUCUGGCAUCUACUUCUUAAUUUUGAUAAAAAAAAAAAACAGAGAUGUAGUAAUUUGCAGAAUUAGCUUUCUCCCACUGACCUUAGCAUAGCCACCACGAUGUUUAGUAUGGGUGAAGUAUCAGAACAAAGGUCAGAAAGGAACAUUCCCCACUGGUAUUUGUAAUUGACUCGGAAAACUUGACAUUUUCCAGCUGUAUGCUAUCCAACAUCCAAGAGAGAAACAACAUACUAUGCUCUUUGACACACUGAAAGGCCACAUGGGUAAUUAAAAAAAUAUGCUGCCUACUUUAUGUGUCAUAUUGUAGACCACAGAUUUUCAGCAUGCAAAAUUGCACAUUUUUGUGCUAGUAUUUAAUACAGUACACGGCAGAAGGUAAUCGCACUUCAACAAUACACAGGUUUGGUUUUGUAUUUUCUCUGUUGUUUCCAAUCAAUCAGCCUUGUGCUGAUUCAUUUUCAGCAUAAGAGAUGCUAACGUAUAAAAUUUAUGAGAAUAACAUACUUGGGAAAGUGGAUAGCAGUGUCCAGGUAUGAAUCUGGUAAUCACAGAACACCCCUCAUUAUGCUUCAGAAUUGCACUUGAUGUGCUUGGUUAACUAGAUAUGUUAUCGUCAAAAAGGUUUUAGAAAGCAUAUCUAGUAACAAAAAGUGUUGAAACAUUAAACUUAGUGCUUUACUUAGAACUCUAGAUAUGCCAGCAAUUUUGCAUAGAUGGAAGUUACCAAUCAGUAAAGUUUGCCUUGUGUAGAAUAUUAGGAGAUGUGCACAUAUAAAUAUUCACUGAGUCAAAAGAUAAUUUAAGUUUAUACAACUUUUUGCAAGAAUAUGCACCAAAUAAUAUGCAAGCUGAUGCUGUACCCUACAGUGGAUGACAGACAGACAAAAUCAUCAGCUGAAGAAAGGCAUAGCAAUCACUUCUUUUAUACAGAGGGACAAAACCAUCUUGUGUUCCUAUUCUACUCUAAGCUACUCUAAAUAUAUACUAAAUUGUGACUCUCACUGAAUAAAAAGUUACACAUCUUGUUAUUUUAAUGACUGCAUAUCAAUAUCUAGAAUUUAAUCAAUUUGUUCAGAUAUCAUAGGUCAUUUAUCUUGUUAAUCAAGCCUAAUAUAAGCAGAAACAAUACCAGUAGUUCUAAAAAUAAAUUCCAAGAUCCAUUCUUUUUUCUUUUUAAACAAAACAUGUAGAUAUGAUUUCAGGUUUAGGAAAUCAAUGUGUAAAUGUACUGCAAAUGCCAGGAAGGGGUUUCAAAGUUCUCUGUCAUCUCUGGCAAAUUGUCAAGCUGAUAUUUAGUUUAUACUUUAAAGUCGAAGUUGUGUUGCCUUUGUUUUACAAUAUUAUGAUUAGCAUUUUAAAACUAAUAAAACAGGAACUUUGGACAUGUCUUAAGAUGUAUAACUCAUUUGUAAAGAUUCCUCCUUUCAGAAAUUCACAACUUAUUUUAGGAAAUUAUAUACCAAAUCUAAAAAAAAGACUGCCCUUAUAAUAGUUGUAAACCAGUGGUCAUUUAUAUUUGUGUGUAUUUAAAUGAGCACAACAACAUGAAUAUACAGUAAGUAUGAACUGCUUACUAGAAACUAGAUCUGAAAAAAAAUCCAUUUCUGAAUGCUUCUUAAGCAUUGUUUAAAUGCAUAUGUGAAUGUUGAAAUUCAAAAAUAAAUACUGAAGUUACAUGGUUAACUUGCA